UAAUAAUCGAAGCGCUGUGGCUGCGGGCGCCGGGGCAGCCUGCCGGCCACCGAGAGUGAUUCGGAGGUCUACCGGCAACAGUACAGCCCGGGCCGCACGCCAUCGCAGCGAUAACUGGUCCCGGGGCUGCCCACCAAAAAACCAUGCGGGCAGCCCUAUGGCUCCUCACGAUGGCGGUCGCCCAGCGCAACAAGCCCCAGGGCGUGCAGCUCUCCUCCAGCCCCUACGACAUCCUCGGCGUCCACCGCCGCGCCACGGUCCAGGAAAUUAGGAACGCGUAUCGCGCGAAAGCCAGAGAAACGCAUCCCGACAAGGCCAGGCCCGGCCGCGAGGCCGAGAUGCGCGACCGGUUCCUGGAGGUGGCGGCGGCCUUUGAGUUGCUGACGGACGAGAACGCGCGGCGAGAUUUUGAUAGUCGCGGGACGUACCAGCGACCGACCACAAAAACGUACAAGAGACGAACGCAGAAGAAGCACGCUCCACUGACAGAAGAAGAAGAAAGAGCAGCAGCAAGAGUGCUCAACGUGCGCUCAAGGAAACAUCUGGAGGACGCCGCGUUGGGUGUCGAUGGGAAGGUGGACCGGCAUUUUGUUUUGGCGCUCUACGACGAGGGCGAGUGCGAGGACUAUCUAACAUACAUAACGCGGUUCCCCUACCCCUUCGCGGACAAGCUGGACCCCCACGGCAUCUGGUGGGAGGACGUUUUGCAAACAGCCAAGACCCGGUUAACGGACGCGGACGGCCAAUUAUCAAGAAUCGCGAAGAAGUUAAAUCUCGACGUGCGGCGGGGCUGCCCCCAGGUCGUCUUUGCGGGCAACGGCACGGACCUGUUUGGCGAGAUGGACGUGCUCCGCCGGCCGACGCGGCAAUCUUUGGAGGAAUGGCUCUGGCCGAAGCUGCAGACGCGCGUGCGCUUCGAGAACGACUCGCCCCACACGAUCCGGACGUGGUGGGUCCACGGCGGCCACGCGAAGGAUCCCAUGGACGUGGCGCCGGGCGCUUCACUAGAACGGAACGCCUACGUGUCCCAUUUGUUCGCGGUGCGCGACGUCCGCGCGGGCGGGCCGCUCACCAAAGAGUCGUGUCUGAAUUGGCAGCACGUCGACUCGGACGCGAACCCGUUCGUGAUCCGCGCGGCGCCCAAGUGCCAGGACUGGCACGGCGACUGCGGCGCCUGGGGCGACGCGGGCGAAUGCGAGCGGAACGACGGCUUCAUGCGCAAGUUCUGCCACCGGACGUGCCGCGGGAGGGACGCGACCCGCGCGGCGCUCGUCGCGGACGAGGCGGCGCAGCGCGCAGCCGACGCGCAGGCCGAGGCCGCGCGGCUCAGGGAAGCUUACGAGGCGGCCGCCGCCGCGGCCAAGCGGCUCCAGGACGAAGCGAUCUCCCUGGAGAUUCAAGCCGAGGCGGCUUCGGUCAACGCCCUUCGCUGCGACGCGGGCUACCCCGAAAAAGAGGUGAGACGGUGGUAGGAUGUAACUGUG